AUGGAACAUGGGGCUGGAAUGCGAUUCUUGCAAAGGGUGUGCAGAGUGUGGUGGUUUCAGGUCGAGUACAAAUGGAAAUCUUCUUGCGCAGCAGUUUCGGCUGGAUGGUUGUACGGCGACUGGACUGGUGGGAUGGUAAAGGAGAGGGAGUGCCGAAAAUUGGUGGAUGCAUCGACGAGCGAGUACGAAACCAAGCUUCAACUUUAUGAAGCCAGAGCCAGAGAGGUGGGGAUGCUGGAAGCUGAUGCUAACUAA